UUCUUGGCGUUCAAAGCAUCUCCGAAAGCGAAACCGUAGUCUCUUUAUGUUUCAUAUUAAAAUGUUCACAUUUUUAUGCUGUGUCAAACAUGUGUAACGGCGGUUAGCUGCGCGAUGAACAGCGGGCAGAUGGAGUGAUGGAGACGGCGCAGUGUGCUUCCUUCUGUCCUCGGAGAGCCUUCUGAUGCACUAUGAUCCCUGUGCCUCUCCUGGUGUGUGUCAUGGCAGCCUGGUGUGCUGUCUACCUCGCCGACACACUGCUGAGGUCAUCAGUGACCCAUCGGAUCACCUACGAGUCGUGGUUGGCGAGUCGAGGGCUGAUGUUGUCUCCUUUUCACGUGAGAUGGCAGACCACCGUGUUCAACCGGCUGUUUGCUUACUGCGCACGCAUCAACCCCCGAGCCCUCUACCUGUGGUUCAGUAGCGGUGUGGUGUUUGGUAUAGCUGCCAUGCUGGGAUCAGUGGUGCUGCUGACAAAGACGCUGCAGCAGACGCUCGCUCAGAUGACCACAGACAACCCUCGAAUAGGAGGACAGCAGGCCCUGCAGGUGGUGGUCCCUGGGGUCAAUCUGCCCACCAGUCAGCUGGCCUACUUCUUCAUCGCCCUGCUGCUCAGCGGAGUUAUACAUGAGCUGGGCCACGCUGUGGCAGCAUUGAGGGAGCAAGUGCGAGUGAACGGCUUCGGCAUGUUUGUGUUUGUGGUGUAUCCCGGUGCGUUUGUGGACCUCUUCACCACACACCUCAACCUCAUAUCACCCACUCAGCAGCUCCGCAUCUUCUGUGCCGGAGUGUGGCACAACUUUGUUCUGUGCGUGGCGGCAUUAGCCUUCCUCUUCCUGCUGCCCCUCCUCCUGUUUCCUGUGUACUCCACCGGUGGCGGGGCGCUGGUCACAGAGGUUGUCCAGGGCUCUGCAGCUGACGGUCCCCGGGGUCUGUCGGUCGGGGACAUAGUUACGGGGCUGGAGGACUGUCCGGUCAGGGGAGUGGAGGACUGGAGCAGCUGCCUGUCUCACCUCUCUCACACUCCGCAGACGGGAUACUGUGUCCCCGUCGCCAGCCUGCAGCCCAGCUGGGCCCACGGACGAGCGUUCAAGCGUUUGGACGGAACGAUGGACUGCUGCAGCAACAACAGCCUGACGGACCUCUGCUUCUCUUACAUGAAACCACAGGGCAGGAACAGCAGGGAGAGAGAGUACGCCUGUAUGCCGGUGCGUAAGAUGGUGACGGGGACGCGAGUGUGUCGUAGCGACGCCGACUGCGCCGCACACUCCCACGCCGCCAGCGUUUGCGUCACGCCGUCUCUGGAGAACCAGACUCGCUUCAUCCGCGUCACACACCUGCCCAACGCACACAUGCUGUUUGUGGGCUAUCCGCCGCACCUUCAGUAUGCUGUGAGCCUGACCAACUUUGUGCCCCGCUUUGGUUUCCUCCACCUGGAUCUGCCCGUCUUCUUAGAGACCUUCUGCAAAUAUGUGGUGUCCCUCUCUGGCGCGUUAGCAGUCGUAAACUCGGUGCCGUGCUUCGCUCUCGAUGGUCAGUGGAUGAUGAACGCUCUGCUAGAGGCCACGCUGGUUACUGUGGUAACGGACCGUCAAAAGCGUGAGCUGAUUGGCUUCUUCCUGCUGCUGGCGGGCAGCGCCCUGCUGGCGGCCAACGUGGCUCUGGGCCUGUGGAUGGUCACGGCGCGGUAGCCACAGCGGUUUGCUGCUCUGGGAAGACACAAAACGAAAUGAAUAAAUCCCCGUGUGGACUGAGAGUUGUUCUCUCAGGGUACGUUCGACACGUGUGGACCACUAAACUGUGAACAUACAGGGAACAGACCGCAUUACCCAGCAGUACUGCUCAAAGCCAGCAGAGCAGAAUAUUUCUCUGCCUUGAAGGCUUCACAGGACCACCAGGGAAAACGACAAACAACUGACUUCCACCUUGUUGCCACCAUAUUUACAAAAGCACAUAUAGAAAUGAAUAAUGCACUUGCUGUAAAGCACUGUCCUAUGUGACUGUUUACAAAGACUGCGCAACCUUUCCAAAUCUUAAUAUCUGUACUGUGUUUGUGUGUGAAGUUGUUGAGGGAACCGUCUUGGUUUUUGAAGGGUUUGAUUCCAAAAUGCCAUAUUUCCCCACCCCGUCUUGGCUCCAGCGUGUUGCAGGGAGGACAAAAUGAAUGCAAGCCAUCUAUGGACAAAAAUCUUUAAAAAGCCUUCAUUUUAUCGCAAAUGCAUGGCAAUACUCUGAUCUUCGACUGCAUAUCACUGUUGGAAAAACUUUGCUACCCGUUGCUCCUGUUUGAAAAGACCUGCCUCCUCCACGAGCAGAUACAUGAAUUGGUUGAUUGGAUAAAAGGACUCCGAGUCAUUUCAGCCUUUUUAAAGGUGGCUCUCUACAGAUUUCUUCAGUCAAGUGUCUUUCUCGUCCUCGGGCAUUGUAGUGGGAAAAUAGUUUCCUUAAUGAACUUUUUUCCACCUUUUCGCAAAGUGUAAGUUUAAAUUUUAUUCCCUUGGCCUGUCACUGUCUGUGAUUUGAUUGAAUGGAUGGAAUAAAUGACUGCUUUUAUUGAAGUGCUCUCUUAAAGCUGUUAAUGAAUAAAAUAAUUUCUUCUGUUUCGUUAACUGCAUU